GCCAUAAGCCACUUACCUACCACACGCCCAUUUAAACUGGGAAAUGGAUUUCUUCAUCCAUCUUCAUUUUUUGGAUCCAAAUGUCGUCCUCCUCCAUCAAAACUCCCAAUGUCAUCACCUGCAGAGCUGCUGUGGGAUAUGGAGCUGGAGAGGCAUUGGUGAUAGAAGAAGUGGAAGUCAGCCCGCCACAGCCUAUGGAGAUUAGGAUUAAAGUUGUCUCCACUUCUCUCUGCCGCAGUGAUAUCACCGCUUGGUCUCAGGCUCCUAUAUUUCCUCGGAUUUUUGGUCAUGAGGCCUCUGGGAUUGUAGAGAGUGUGGGGGAAGGUGUGACUGAAUUUGAAGAGGGGGACCAUGUACUUACAUUAUUCACUGGAGAAUGCAUGACAUGUAGACAUUGCACCUCCGGUAAAAGCAACAUGUGCCAAGUACUGGGGUUGGAAAGGAAAGGUGUAAUGCACAGUGACCAGAAAACACGCUUCUCAAUAAAAGGGAAGCCUAUUUAUCAUUAUUGUGCUGUUUCAAGUUUCAGCGAAUAUACAGUUGUGCACUCUGGAUGUGCUUUGAAAGUCAGCUCACUUGCUCCUUUGGACAAAAUAUGCCUUCUUAGUUGUGGAGUAUCUGCAGGUCUAGGAGCAGCUUGGAAGGUUGCCAAUAUAACCAAAGGAUCAACUGUAGUCAUUUUUGGACUUGGAACUGUUGGCCUUUCUGUCGCACAAGGUGCAAAACAAAGGGGGGCAUCUAGAAUAAUUGGUGUUGACAUUAAUUCUGAAAAAAUGGAAAAAGCCAAGGCUUUUGGAAUAACAGAAUUCGUAAACCCACAUGACUGUAAUGAGCCUGUUCAACAGGUAAUUAAACAGAUGACUGAUGGUGGGGCAGAUUACUCAUUUGAAUGUAUAGGCGAUACUGGAAUGGUGACUACUGCAUUACAAUCAUGUUGUGAUGGAUGGGGUUUGACUGUGACUCUAGGUGUGCCAAAAGUAAAUCCAGAAAUAUCAUCUCACUAUGGAUUAUUUCUUUCUGGAAGAACGUUGAGAGGAUCUUUAUUUGGAGGAUGGAGACCUAAAUCUGAUCUUCAUUCAUUAGUAGACAUGUAUAUGAGGAAGGAAAUCCAGAUUGACGAAUUCAUCACUCAUAAUUUGCCUUUUGAGGAUAUUAACAAAGCUUUUGAUCUCAUGAUGGAGGGGAAGUGUUUGCGUUGUGUUAUCCACAUGCCAAAGUAGUUUUUCGUUUUUUUGGAGCCUCUUAAAAACUGACGAAGAACUAUUAAUUUUUCCUGGGUUAUGAGUUUAUAUUUGAACAUUCCUUAGUUUUUGAUUGUUUGAAUGGGAAGGUGGUGUUUGUGGAGGAUUAUUGAAGUUUAUAAUGCUA